UGUCGCAGUGUUCUCAUCGUCUUUAAAAUCAUUAUUGAUAAAUUGAACGGUGAGAGAAAUCCCGCCCUAAACCUCACUUCUUCCCGAACCAACUCACCAAAUUAAAAGAACAUAUGAUGUAAGGUGUUUGUUAUCAGGGGGUUGACAAUAAGAUAAACUCCACCCACAUUAACCCGCUAUUUACAAAAAGUGGUAAACGGAGCAAUUUGUCACAAAAUUCGCGGCUUUUGAAUCAUUCUCACACAAGCAAAGUAAAGAGCGGGAAGGAAGUCGUGUUAACUGAGGUGGAAGGGUUCUUGUAAUUCCACAACAAGUUUACCUCGUCCUAGACGCAUUUAUUCGAGAAAACAUGCUCCGGAGGUUGUUCAGCUUUCGUCGAACAAAACAGGAAGACGAUGAAAACGUCAAAUCUCAGAAAGAAAAUGUUGACCCAAACUCUCAGCUACAGGAAUCCUCUCCACCAUUUAUGGAAGCAAACCAGCCUAUGUCGAGUAUUUUAAAAUCUACGUCAGACAUAAGGGUGAUUGGGGAAUCUUCUGAGGACGAAGGCAUCGAUGCACACGUCGCUGACUCAGUCGGUAAACUUGAAGACAGAGCUGAGGAGAGAAAUUUGGUAAAGAAGAAUGAAAUUUGCGAACUGUGUUUAGUGUUGGAAUCCUCAACGCUUUCUGAUACAGAGAGAUGUAAUGGUGAGACGAAAGACUGUGAGAGUAUCAAGGACGAAGUCUCUCUUUUAGACGAAUCUGAACGGUGUGACAGUUCAACUUCUGCAGAAGACAAAGACGAGAGCGGCAUCGAACAAGACUUCGAACCAGCAAUUGCGAACCAGACUUUAAGUACAAAUACUAAGCAAUCUACAACAGAACUAAAACCAGAUCCUGCCAAUCUGAAUGAGACUGCCGAUAGUUCCCGGAUGACUUUAAAUCCCAUAAACCUUAAGUCGCAUCUGAUACGAAACGAUAGAAUCAAAACAUUGAAUCGAAAUUCUCAACGAGUGCCGGACAAGAUGAAGCAAAGAAAAAGCAGCUGUAAUAGCUCCCCUGAGAAAUUCCCGUCUUUUGUAUCCCCCAAAGCUGUCCAAAGGCAAUUAUUAUCUCAAAGAGUACAGUAUUCCCGGGGCUUCUCUAUCAAAUCAACUCCACGACAGGUACGUCAAAGUAAGGUCCCAGAAUUAUUUGGGGACAUAGUCAUAAAGGAUCAACGCAGCGCCACGUCUAAGCAUCCGUCUCCUUUGAGGAAAGGUAUUUUAAAAUAUCCCAGCAACUCUAAAUCUUCGGCUGCAGGAGUAAGGUAUGCCCCAGCGAUACCGAAGAAAAACAAAGCUUUGUCACAGAAAGGUAAAAAGAUGUCAAUGUCGUCAGAUAGUGGGCUCAGUGACAAUGAAGGUUCCAGCGGUGAUGAGCAAAAGCGCAUACCCGUCAAAAAGAUCUUCAGUAACCAACAGGCUUUACGUAAGAGAAUAGAUGAUUUGAAUGGAAUGUUGAAGACAAUGGAGCAACAGAGGUCUGAACUGCAGGCCGUGUUGCAGAUAGUCAAGGACUGGACCGAGGAUUUACGGGCGGUCAACAGAACCAAUUUAGGUGUCCCAUACAUAAGGGCUAUCAAGCAGUUGUUAG